AUGUACAGUAGCUUACAGUCCCUAUUCUGUCAACGUCUACGACAUGUGAACGAUGAAGCUAUGGAAUCGAUCGACUAUCCUCGCAACACAUUCGACACAACAGCAACGCCACACAAAUGGUCGGCCAAAUUGUGGUUAGAUAAAAUUUUUCUACCCAAACUGUGCGAGCUGCUUAUCCGUAUCCCGCGCACCGGUAUAGCUGAAUCGACCAAAGCGUUGAGCACGAGUCUGUACAAACACGGAGAUGCACUGGAAAAUUUUGUGAAUAUCGGUUACCCCGAAANGGUGGACGAUCCUGAUCAGUUCACCGUUCGUCGCUCCCGCACCAUCAAUUUCCUAUUCUCGUUGACCGUUACUUGGAUAACAAAACAGCUGGUCUGUACUGAUCCUUUCCAGUACUCAAUUUCCCUUCUCUCCUGA